AUGGCCUCCACAGCAGGGGUCGAACAGCAUGCUGUUGCUCUUUCCAAUCGAUCCAAGAGGCGACUUAUCACACCAGCGCGCCAGGAACAAAAUAGAACUGCGCAGCGAGCGUAUCGCGAGAGACAAAAAGAGCGCCGAAAUUGUUCAAAUGCCCAGAGCGGGCGAAAGAGAAAGCUGGCGCCUCAACCAUCAUCCGACGUAUCAGAACUAUUAUCAAGCAGUUCACCUGAUACCAGUUCUGAGCCUACAUUACCCAGUCCCUCACAAUCAUUAACAUGGCUUCCAUCUACCAAUAGGGCUGGCACCUCACCAACCUCCCUCGCUGAACCAUUAAUGAACGCCCUACAAACGCCCCAUGAUACAAUGUGGAUAGCAAUCCUGAACAACGCCCUCCGUCUAGGAUUCGAUGUCGACCGAUUGGCAGCCUGUAGCACCACCUACAUGUCACCGUUCUUCAAAUCAAUCACCGCCCAAGACAGCGCACAGGAUCUAGUUGUCUCAACAUUCAACUCAUCAAUUCCAAUCCAUCUUCAGCCUACCAUGGCUCAGAUACUUGUUCCACAUCAUGCCAGCUUGGACCUUAUACCCAUGCCGCUUCUUCGGGAGAGAGCUAUCAUGAUGUGUUAUGCGAUGCCUCAUGCUUUCAGUCUCUGGGACUUUAAGUUGGAUAUUUAUACACGACAUGCUCUUAUUUGUCAUCGGCACCGUGCUGAUGGGGAUUGUCAGUCUUGGGACCAGAGGAGUUGGGAGGGUAUGCCUUGGUUCUUGAAGAAAUGGAGUACUGCGAUUGAAGAGUGA